AUGCCAGCCCGCAACAUCCUAGAGGUUAUCGACAUCAGUGGCUACCUUAACCCUCAAGCCCCUGGGGACAAGGAGAGAGUCAUCACCCAAGUGGGAGAUGCUUGUCGACAACACAGCUUCUUCCAGGUCAAGGGCCACGGCGUGCCUCUAGCCACACAGCGGAAGGUCAUCGAGAGCAGUCAGAAGCUGUUCAAUCUUCCCAGAGAAGAUAAGCUCGAUCUGUCGUUCCUCAAGAACGUUGUUCGUCGGGGUUACGAACAGUCGGGUGACUCAGUCCGGGACGGGGACGUGCUGCCCGAUUUGAAGGAGAGCUUCUUCGUCGGCCGUGAGGAGCCUGUCAUCGAGGAACCAGGCUGGCACGGCCCGAACGUCUGGCCCGACUCGACCGUGCUCUCGGAGGACGAAUUCCGCGGCCCGGUCUGGGAGUAUUACGAAGCGACAAACCGACUCGGGCGGAUCAUCUAUGAGAUCCUCCUACAAGGCCUUGGAUACGAAUCCCCGGAGGACGUGCUGGCGCGGUUCACCAAGAAGCCCGUCGUCACCCUGAAGCUGAUCCGCACGCCUCCGGCGCCCACCACCAGCCAACCGCGGGGACAAAAAUCCGGCACUGAAGCGCACACCGACUUUGGAGGCGUCGGCUGCUUACUUCAGCAGCCCGGUCACGACGGCCUCGAGAUAUGGAGCGAUGAGAAGAACGGAUGGGUCGCCGUGCCGGCCGUCGAGGACGUCUUUGCCAUCAACAUCGGGGACAUGAUUGAGAAGUGGUCCGGCGGCGAGUACAGAAGCGUCAAGCACAGGGCCGUCAACCGCUCUGCUUUGGACAGGAUCUCGUGUGCUACCUUUUGGCUCGGCGAUGUCCAUGUCACGAAUCCGCUGGAGCUGGCGUCGGAUCCGGACGAGGAGACGGUUGGGGAACAGCUGUACAGGCGGUUCCGCAAACAGUAUGGGCUCUGGGGUGUGAUGGAGCCCGCUGAUUAUUCCCGCGCUUGUAAGGCUGAGAACGUUACGUGUGUAGUCCAGUGA